UUACACCUCUGCCGUUCUUUCUCUCACUCCAAAUAUCUCUACCUCUGCAAACCCAUUUGCUCAUUCUUCUCUCCCUCUCCCUCUUUCUACUUAGAACACCAAUUUCCUCAUGAAAGUCGGAUCGUCAGCACAGAUUUUCAUUCUGAUAAGAAGAACUUGAGCUUGAGCUAUGAGUUGCAAUGGAAUGGCCUUCUUCCCUGCCAAUUUUAUGUUACAAACUCAACAUGAAGAGGAGCACCAGGCUCCGACACCUCUCAACCCUGUCCUUCCCUCCUGCUCACCUCAAGACUUCCAUGGUGUUGCGUCAUUUCUAGGGAGGAGAUCCAUGUCAUUUUCAGGUGUGGACGUUUGUGAAGAAACAAAUGGUGAAGAUGAUUUGUCUGAUGAUGGAUCACAGGUGGGAGAGAAGAAAAGGAGGCUUAACAUGGAACAGGUGAAGACACUUGAGAAGAACUUUGAAUUGGGUAACAAGCUUGAACCUGAGAGGAAAAUGCAGCUCGCUAGGGCUCUUGGUCUGCAACCAAGACAGAUCGCUAUAUGGUUUCAGAACAGGAGAGCCAGGUGGAAGACCAAGCAAUUGGAGAAAGACUACGAUCUCCUCAAAAGACAGUUCGAAGCAAUUAAGGCCGAUAAUGAAACCCUCCAAACCCAGAACAAGAAACUUCAAGCCGAGAUAUUGGCUCUUAGAAGUAGGGAACCAACUGAAUUAAUCAACCUCAAUAAAGAAACUGAGGGUUCUUGCAGCAAUAGGAGUGAUAACAGCUCUGACAUCAACUUAGAUAUCUCAAGAACACCAGCAAUCGAUAGUCCUCUAUCGUCCCACCCAAGCAGACCACUCUUCCCAGCUUCUAUCAGGCCAGCGACUAUGACCCAAUUCCUCCAAAACUCAUCAAGGCCAGACCUCCAUUGCCAAAAGAUGGAACAAACUACCGUUCAAGAUGAGAGCUUCUGCAACAUGUUCUGCAGCAUUGACGAUCAACCCGGAUUAUGGCCAUGGCCGGAGCAGAACCAUUUCCAUUGAAUCUGGACCUAAUUAUAUCUGUGUUCACAAUCGACGGGGACCCAAUUUGCAUUUGCGGCGGCGGUGGCUUUCGGCCUUGAAAUGAAUGAAGUACAGAGAUUUGUUGUGCUUGGCCAAUUUAUCUUGGACUGAAAUGUCUCAGAAAGUCUUUUAGAUUGGUGUAUAGAAUAGAAAAAAAAGGGUAAUUAAAUUCCAGAUGGGCUGAAGAUGAUGAUUUCACAAGAAAAAGGACUCUCUGCAUCUUUGAAUCGUUAAACUCUAUCUUCUUUACUUGAUAUUUAAGAGAUGUGGAAGCAAUCUAAGUUAAGAUUACCUGUGGUAGUGAUUGGCUUUCAGUUCUACCAUGGGCAGUGAAAUAAAGAAAGGAUUUUUCUCUCCAA